AUGUUUUGUGAAGUGGACAAGAGCCUGCUGUGUCCUCACUGCUCCCCGUCUCGGGAACAUGAGGCUCACAGACACCACCCUGUCGACUGUAUUGCUGCAGACAAACGGAAGAUUAUUUUAAAGGAAAUGGACACUAUAUGGGAGAAGAUACAAGAAAACCAGAGCAAUAUAUACGAGAAGAGGAACAUCAUCAACCAGUGGGUUUGGUACAUGAAUCUACACAGGGAGAUGACCAAAGAUUUUUAUUCAGCACUGCAUCUGGGUCUCCGGGAGGAGGAAAUACGACUUUCGGAGAUACUCAAAGAGAAAGGAAGAGUCAUCUUUCUGCAACUCAGGACAAUGGAAACCCAAAUGCUUCAGAAAAGCAGUAACCUCAGAAACAUAUAUCAGGAGCUGAUGAAAACCUACCAAAAGCUAGACCUGGAACUCCUGCGGCAUUUAGAAGACACCCUGGAAAGAUGCGAGAGUGCCUUGGUCUUCAUGCCCCAGCUGAAGAAGCCAGAGCUCAGCCCUCCUUCCAUUCCUAGAUUGAUGGAUAACCUCAACCAUUAUCGAGUGGAGAUCACCUAUUGUCAUUUGAUUCAGAAUCAUGAAGAAUCCAACUAUGUUGCUCUUUCAGGAAUCCAAGAGUUCAGCUCUGGGAAACAUUACUGGGAGCUCAGUGUCCAAGGCUUCUCCACCUGGGCUGUGGGCGUCUUCAGAAAUUCAGCAAUAGGGAGCAACCUUAUUCUGAAUGAAUCUGAAGACAUUUUUCUUCUUUUCUCUGGCAAGGGGAACAUUCAUUAUAGUAUCUUUACCACCGCUCCAUUGCUUCCUCACUUUAUAGAGAGACCAGUGGGCCGCAUUGGUGUGUUUCUUGAUCUCGAAAAUGGAAAUGUGAGUUUUGUGAAUGCUACUAAGAAUUCCUUUAUCUGGAGAUACCCAACUAACUCCUUCCAGUAUCCUGUCAAGCCUUGUUUUUUCUCCUGGUAA